AUGGCAAAAGAAACAUAUGAUAUUGACUUACAAAACCUGAAAGCUGUGACCGUCCCCGACCGGCUUAAAGGUGUAUCUGUCAAGAUGGUUGUAGAAUCUUCCCCGUGCAGCACUUCUUGUGGACUUGGUAACAAGAAAGAAAAGCGUUGCAUUGUGGGACCAUCAGGGAAGAGGGAGGACUGUGAAACCGUCAGCGUAUCCUGUGUAGUGAGUUGGAUUUGCGGCAUGACGAGUUAUACUCUGACCGUGGGACAGCCUUUUACUAUGAACUGUCUGAUUGUGCCUGCUGAAGGGCAAUCAAAUCAGGGGUUGAAUUACUACUGGUACAACACCAAAGGUCAGGUAACAACCCAAGAUGACCUAUUUCGCCCACUCAGAAUCAGGUACUUUAACAUCACCUUUCCAGCCAUCAAGGAGAGCGACGCCGGCUCAUACCGUUGCGAUGUGCAACACGCAUUGGACUUUAAAUUAAUCAAGCGGGUUUACUAUGCCGUCAAGGUGAUCCCUCCUAGCCUGGUUAAUCUGAACUACGGCAAAUCUCUGAUGCGUGAAAGUGAGCUGGAAGCAAUGGCCGCACAAAAGCAGAAGUUAACCAAGGGCAACCUGUCGGAGAAAGUGAAGGCCAUUUUGGAGUCGCACAAUUUUAUCAUUUUUGGCGUCGGGGGUAGUGCUGCCGUCAUUGUAGGUGGUGCAUUUUGGGGAUUUUUCUACCUAAUUCGAAAACGCAGACGUAAAAGAAGAACGAAUGACGUCGAAGAUGGCGUCGACGACGAUGAUGACAGCGGAGAAGCAGCCGCCGGCGUUGAGAAGCAGCCGCUGGCGACAAUCAUGCUGGUCUUCCAACAUAACCCCCAGAGUCUGGCUGAAAGGAGGAGAAACGUCCGCAAUCUUAACAUCGAUAUAAGUUGA